AUGCAGUGUUUAUUUAAUCCUCGCCUAAAUUGGAAAUAUUUGGGGUUUACAUUUAUUCUGAUGUGUUCUAAUGGACAGCCAAUUGUCAUCGAUAAUGGGACCUCUUGCAUAAAAAUCGGAUAUGCUGGGGAUAAUGUUCCGGCCCACAUUAUUCCGACCAUUGUGGAGACUUUGUCGCCAUCGUCGCCGUCUUCAAGGCUACUGGGAGCAGAGGCUUUGAAAAAUCAAGACUCAAUUUCUCUUUCACAUCCAAUGGAAGGUGGUGUCGUCAGAUCUUGGGAUGACAUGAUUUUAUUGUGGGAACACUCUUUAGGUUUGCUUGGCCUCUCUGGCGAUAACGAUGGGAUGAAAAUCUUGCAUACAGAGUCAACCCUUACCUCCAGCAGGGCCAGGGAAAAAAUCCUUGAAGUCAGUCUUGAAACUUUUGCUUUUGGCCAUGCCUACAUCUCUCUUCAAGGAGUCCUAGCCUUAUAUUCACAGGGGAAAAGCACUGGGCUUGUUGUGGACAUCGGGGAAGGUGUUACGGACAUUUUCCCAGUUGUCGACGGCUAUGCCAUUCCGCAUGCCGCAAGAAGAGUUGAUGUCAGUGGCAGAGAUAUUUCUCGCUACCUAAUGAAGCUGCUUUCAACGAGAGGAUAUUCCUUCAACAAGCCUUCGGAUUUGGAAUUGGUUCGCAUGGCAAAAGAAAAGCUUUGUUAUGUGGGGUAUGAUAUUUCUCAAGAAAAAAAGCUCGCUGCAGAGACUGUAGUGCUUGAGCAGAAAUUUGUUCUUCCUGAUGGAAGAAAUAUUUAUCUCGGCCCUGAACGCUUUGAAGCACCUGAGGCCCUUUUUACACCAGAUCUUUUGGAUGUCGAGACUGGUGGGCUUUCCACUCAAGUAUUUGCCAGCAUUGCAGCAACAGACGUUGAUAUUAGGCAGCAGCUUUACGGAAAUAUCCUCCUCACUGGUGGGUCUUCUCUAUUUCCUGGCCUUGUUACUCGACUUGAAUCUGAAAUUAAGCAGCUAUAUUUAGAAAAGACUCUGAAGGGCGAUGCAUCUCGGAUGGAUCGAUUGAAAGCGCUCAAGAUUAACGACCCUCCAACUAGACUCUAUUCUGUAUUUCAAGGCGGCGCUCUUCUUGCGUCCAUCAUGAAGGAUAGGGAUGAGUUUUGGAUUUCUCGCAAAGAGUGGGAGGAAUUUGGACCUUCUAUCUUGAAAAAACUGGGUCCCAGAUAA